AUGACCUCCAACCACGUCGCGAUCAUAGGAGCUGGCCUCUCAGGUCUCACUCUAGCCCUAUCUCUCCAUAAGCAAAAGAUCCCAAGCAAAAUCUACGAAUCAAGAUCCGCAUCCUUAGACAUUGGCGGCGCCCUGAUGCUCUCACCAAACGCCCUCCGAAUCCUCGACAACAUAGGAAUCUACAAAAACAUCAAAACCCGCGGCUUCAAUUUCAACAACCUCUACUUCCGUACCUCAGUUCCAUUAGACUCCUACGAAUUCGGAAGCGAAGAAAAAUACGGCUACGAUGCCCUCCGCAUCUAUCGCCGCGAACUAAUCGAUGCCCUCCUCACUGCAACAAAAGAAGCGGGAAUAGAAAUUCACUACGGCAAGAAAUUCAUCCAAAUCCUUGCCGAGACAGAGAGCAACGUCACCUGGGAAUUCGACGACGGAACCACCGCCACAGCAGCAUGUCUCGUCGGCGCCGAUGGCAUCCAUUCCCAAGUCCGAAAAUAUCUCUAUCCAGCCCUGGACCCGAAGUUCACCAAUGCCAUGGGUGUAACAGCCGCCGUACCAGCCUCCCAAUUGAAUCUCCCACCGGGAUUCAAUCUCCCAGUCACAAUCAUGAACCCGAAGCACGGGGCGUUCGUAAUUGCCUUGCAACUCGCCGAUGGAUCAGAAGCCUUCAUCGGGAAACAGAAGCGAGCACCGGAACUCGAUCGCGAGGGCUGGAAUUCCCUGCUUAACGAUAAACAAUGGUGUAUCGACUUCCUCCGACAGGGAGCGGAAGAUUUCCCGCAAGUCGUUCAAGAUGCCGUCUCGAAUAUCCCCCUCGACAAGAUCAAUCUGUGGCCUUUCUAUGUGGUGCCGAAAUUGGAUACUUGGACUUCGAGGCAUUCUCGUGUUGUUAUUCUCGGUGAUGCUGCGCAUGCUAUUCCGCCUACGGCGGGACAGGGUAUUAACCAGGCGUUUGAGGAUGUUUAUACUUUUGCGGUUAUGCUUGCACGGUGUACAUCUCUUGAGUUGGAGCGUGGGCUCAAGAUUUGGCAGAGCGGAAGGCAGGCGCGUAUUGAUCGGAUUUUGGAGCUUAAUGCUCAGAUUGAUGCGAGGAGAAUGCCUUCAGAUCCUGCUUUGGGAAAUGUGGAAAUUGAUAAUCAGCCAUUUGAUUUAGAGUGGCUCUAUAGUCCGGAUUUUGAUGUAAUGGCGGAGGAAUGGCUUGAGGAGGCUGCUGGGGUUUAG